UUUUUUUGUAUCCACUUCUUACAUUCCGCAUGCAAAACCAGUUUCCAGCAAUUUUCGUGUAAUCCCCUGGCUGUUGUGGAAGACAACUUAAAUAUAUUCAGACUGGUUUUGGCGCUCGUAUAAACCGGCCAACUAAUAAACACUAAUGCCGAUCAUCGCGCAUCGCGAAGAACUCGAAUCCCGAACGCUCGAUUUCAGUGCAGUUUUACACUUUACCGGAUGCCCUCACAACAAAAGUACAUGUUAAUUCUCCAUUGAAACAAUAUGGCUUUGAAAAUGUUCAUCAUUUUGGUGCUUUCGGUAUGUUGGGCCGAGGCGCAGAUGAGGUAUCCACCUUCACCUUGUCCCAGCAUUUUCCACUACGAACCGCAGAAGGAAAGGGACCGUUGGUACGGAGUUGUGACUUUGAUCAGCGAAUCCGAUUUGAACGGUGUCUGGCUCAGGCUGAUUUUCGAUAAGCCGUCUCUGCAAUUAGGGAACUGGUUUGGAGAAAUUAAGACGUCUGAUAAUAAAGAUUACUUAAUUAAGAAUCGGAACCAUCAGCUGAAAUCGAACAUGCCGUAUUCGCUGAGGUUCUACAUCAAGUACGAUCCGUCGGAGACGAUGCCGAAAUUGAUGUCGAUCAGACUGAACGCGAAGACGGUGUGUCCCGAGGGUGAAUCCACGACGCCCGUCGCUAUAACCGGUGGCCAGCUGAUAACGAGCAGCAGUAUCCAAGGCGUUAUAACACAAGAGCAAACGCCGAUGCCUGUUGUUCAACCGCCGAAGGAAAUAUUCGCCAGACCAGGAGGAGGAUGGUUUCCGAACAGGACGAACAUAGACGACGAUGACGUCUUUGCCGGAGAUCUGCACAUAAUAAACAGCAGGCCUUUCCAAAACAACAACAACAACAAUUACAACGACAUUGAAUGCGGAACCGUUGUGACGGAUCGGUAUAAAAGACAGGGUAAUUGGUAUCACCAUCGCGCGGGCAAUCCAAACGUACAGGUGCAUUAUUAUAACGAGCAUGGGCAACGAUUGCAAUCCAAUCGAAAUAUCAUCCACUUCGUGCGAGACGUGCUGCGCGGAAUUGAAAAUUAUGGUGGAUCGGCCGACGACGAGGUCGCACCGAUCGAGCAUCAACCGAAACCGCUGAUCACGUUCGGACAAUCCACGAAGGAAGGCGAGUUUCCGUGGCACGCGGCUCUCUACCACGAAAGAGGUGCGGAUUUGCAGUACAUCUGCGGAGCGUCGCUGAUUUCCAGGAAUCAUUUGAUCACGGUCGCGCAUUGCGUGACAAGGAGGAAAACUCAAAGCACUCUCGAUCCGGAUAGUUUGAUCGUUUAUUUAGGGAAAUAUUAUCUAAAGAAAUGGUCGAAUCCCGGUAUCCAAGACAGUCAGAUCUCGAUGAUCUUCCCUCAUCCCGAGUACAAUUCUCGGACAUACGCAAACGACAUAGCCUUGCUGAAGCUCGUCAAUCCGGCAGUCUUCACUGAUUACGUGAGACCGAUAUGCUUAUGGUCGGAAGACGCCGAUUUAAAUUCGGUUAUGAAUAAGCCAGGCACAGUCGUCGGUUGGGGCUUCGACGAAACUGGCAAAGUGACGGAGGAAUUGACGCAGGCCAAUAUGCCUGUCGUUUCCAAGGAGACUUGCAUCUAUUCCUUCCCCGAGUUCUUCUCGCGUUUCACCACCAAAAAAACGUACUGCGCCGGCUUCAGAAACGAUUAUGUUACAGGAACGUCGGUCUGUAACGGUGAUUCCGGUGGCGGCAUGAUUUUCCCGAAAUCGACUUCGACGCCCAGCAAGAAGAUGUGGCAACUCAGAGGUCUGGUGAGCAUCAGCGUCGCUCUGCAGAAUCAAUUCAGGUGCGAUUCCUCGCAUUACGUCGUCUUCACGGACGUCGCCAAAUACUUGGACUGGAUCAAGGCAACUAUGCUGAAGAUGUGAAAAGAUUAACGCUGUUGGUGAUUACUGCAUGAUGAACACGACGUUAUGUACAUGAAAAGGCUGAAACAUAUUUUUACGAUUACGCAACUUUUUUUUUUUUAUGUAUAAUCUUUUAAGUUUAGAUUUUUAGGUGAUAUAUAGCUCUCUA